GUGAAUUUGUCAACGGUCCUAAUUCACUCGAAUUGAUCACAAUUAAUUUUCUUCUGAGUUUUCUAUCGACUAUUAAAUCUCUCUGAAUUGUGUUAACAAUCAAGGUUUCAAUUAAAUUUGAUUCUUUCUCAUAAAAUCAACGAUUUAAAGCUUUUUUCUAUUCUUUUUGUUUUCUCUACCAAAUCUCCAAGGGUGAAUUCAAAUUUACAAUUCGAUUGCUGUUAUUGAUUGUUUUCCAUUUUCCCGUCACCUCUUGAGUCUAUUGGUGAAUCUUCAUCAUCUUGGUGCUUAUAUUUUGGCUUUUUUCUAAUAGUUAAACAUGCAUGUUGAUGAUACAUCUCCUUAUGAUAGACAGGAAAGUCUUAAGGUUUGCGUUAUCAGCAGUAAAGGUGAAACGACACUGAUUGAAUGUGGAGCCAAUCCAACAGUCGAUAAAAUUAAGUUAAUCGCUCUGACCAAUUUUGCUAAAGAUCAAGUUGAAGCUUUAAAGAUUGUUAAUCAAUAUAAAUUGAUUUCCAUCAAUAAAAAGCGAAGUCUUUCUGGAGAGGCGACUAUUCGUGAUGAAGAUAUUGUCAAUGGGGAUACAUUGUUACUUCUUGAUCGAUAUCCAAUUCAAAGUAAAUCCUCAUUCGCUGAAAUAAUCAACAAUGAAGCUCCAGGAAGGCCAACCGAAGCAAUGAUUUUAGAAGCGACUAAAAAUCUUAAACCAAAACACCUUAAUUUUCAGGUGACAGAAAAUGUUAUCUCCUUUGAGUUUCAACAAGAAUUACGAACAAUUCUUGUAUCAUUAGUUGAUUAUGCGGAGAAACUACUUAAACAUCACCCUGACGUAGAACCAGUUUUGAAGAAUAUGAAAGUUGCCAAUUGUGAUGAAAGCGAAGGACCAAGUGGCAAAAGGAGAGAUAAAGAUUCAGGGGAUGAAUCAGUUGAUUCGAUUGCAUUGAAACAAUUAACUGACAUGGGAUUUGCUGAGGAAAAAUCAAAAAGAGCUUUAAAAAUGAAUAAUAUGUCGCCAUUGGAAGCAAUGGAUUGGCUUUUAGCAUAUGAAUCUAGUUCAUCAGCAACAUCUUCCAUGCCAUCAUCUUCAUCAUCAAUUCAAAUUAACUACGAAAAUACUGAAAUUUAUCCCAAGGUUCCAGCAAUUGUUGAUUGUUAUAGAAAAUACAAAAGACAACAUUUUGUACCAAAUAUGAGACAUUUCAAUAAUCUAAAACAAUUAGGUUUCGAUGACGAUGAAAUAGUUGAUGGUCUUUGGAUUCACAGUAAUAAUGAAGUUGCAACGGGUGAAUGGCUGCUCAAAGAACGACGUCCAAAAGUAAAUGAAUUUUGUCGAGGAUUAAAACGUGAAAGUCCAGUUUACAAAGCGUUUAUUACUAAUCCAUCAGUUCAAUUGGCAUUAGUUAAACCAAGAAUAUUUUUCGCCUUUGUACGAUUAAUAGAGGAUCCUAAUUGCCGUUGGACAAGUGAUCAUGAAACUUCAGCAAUUAUCCAACUUCUUUACAGAAUUUAUCAUUCUGAAAGAAAUACUGGUGAAAAUAACGAUAAAGAUGAACAAAAUGAAUCAGUAGAUUCAGAUAACGAGUCACAAAUUGAUGAUCAAAUAAUGAAUGAAUAGAUAAAUGUACUUUUAGUUGUAAAUAUUUGGUAUAAAAAAAAUGACAAUUACUAAAAUUCAUUGAAUUUUUUAAUGUACAAACAACAACAACAACGUGAUGACAGUAAUAACCAAAUACAUUUAAUAACAAUCAGUCAAUUCACUUCAUAUGUAAUACUUGCAACAAUUUGUAAGACAAUCAUCAACUAAAUUUAUAUAUAUUAUUUAAUCAUCAUGUUUUUAUCAUCAUACAACUAUUAAUAUUAAAUUUAUAUUACUAUUGAUAAA